CCUUCAUCCGUUCUUACAGACAUAAGAUAAAUUCAUCGACAGCAUUUACUAAAUUUACCGUACUCGUGCCUUGAUCCCCCCAUCAAAGAAAUCCCCCGUCAUGGCGCCCGGCGAUAAUCUUCCCGACUUUCUCACCAACACGCCACUGCACGCUUCAUUCGACAAAGACAUCAAAGACACGCACCUCAUCUACGACUACGAUGCCCAGGACAGAAACGGCAAUCCAGAGAAGUGGCGCUACGAGCUUUGGUGUUUCUCAGAUGACCGCGUGGUAUACGCCAUCCAUGGUGGCCCUAUGGCCGGCAGGAUCAACUACCAACGAGCAACGUACCAAUGUAUCCGUCCCGGGGAGCUGUGGCAGAUCAAUUGGCUCGAAGAAACAGGAACCGUAGUCUCUGCAGUAUAUGACAUUCCCAAAAAGAAGAUCACGACGUUGAUCUCUUUCUCCGAGGGCCAUUGGAAGCAGCCCGAGGUGGCCCAUGGAGACAAAAGACAAAAGGAGUGUCUGGAGAGAUGGAGGAAGCUGGCUGACGUGGGAAAUCAGGCCAGCCGAUUUAUGCUGAGUGAACAGGCGGAUAUAGUGGAGGUGUUCAAGGGCAAGGGAGAUCUUGUUCCUAUCAGCAGAGACGACCAGACUUUCUGAUGUGCUCUUACUCGAAGGAAGACCUGUAUAGCAUGGGACCAUGGGAUAUAUUUCAGCUGCCGUGCGUGCACAUUGUGUGAUCCUUUCAAGCAUAUUAUGUAUGAAAAGCUCCAAGGACAUAUAUGCGACACAUUCGGAUUUUCUCAUCGCGCAUGUGCAGUCAUUGAUCCUACGUUGCUGUCCCCUCGAUCAUAAUUUACACUACCUCCACCAUCGAACUACGGACUCGCACA